UAUAAUCCGCCAAUCAAUAUCCAAGGUUCGAUACACUUUCUUUAAUGGCGUUUCAUUGCCGUCUUUAUAACGCUCCAACCUCAAUCACCGCCGUCUCUCCUCUCUCCUCCGCACGCUAUCACCAACUCCUCCCCUCACUGAAUCCUUGCCUCAACUUUAACCGCGACGGAAGUUUGUAUUCGGAUGGCCGGCGGGGAAGGGGCGGCGUUGAGGUGCGAAACGACGACGGAGAGGGGAGUGAUGUCUGAAGAUCAAAUGCUGGCGAUUGUUCCACCGCACGCUUUGAUAAAACACUGGAUUUCGGUUCUCCGGAAUGAGCAGACUCCUUGUCCGAUAUUCAAGAAUGCCAUGGCUGAGCUAGGGAGAUUGCUAAUAUACGAAGCUUCAAGAGAUUGGUUGCCAACCAUAACAGCCGAGAUUCAAACACCCGUGGCCAUUGCCUCUGUUGAGUUUAUUGAUCCAAGUGAACCUGUUGUGAUUGUUCCCAUCUUGAGAGCUGGCCUAGCUCUUGCUGAGCAUGCAUCAUCAAUUCUGCCUGCUACAAAAAUUUAUCAUCUGGGAAUCAGUAGAAAUGAAGAAACCCUUCAACCAACAGUAUACUUGAACAAGCUACCUGACAAAUUUCCCGAUGGUUCUCGCAUUUUUCUUGUUGAUCCUAUGCUGGCUACAGGCGGUACAGCAGUUGCAGCUCUUGAUUUGAUAAAGAAACGUGGAGUUGAGAACAAGCAAAUUAAAGUGAUAUCUGCUGUUGCUUCUCCUCCAGCUCUUCAAAGGCUCCGCGAGAAGUUUCCAGGGCUACAUGUAUUUGCUGGAACUGUUGACCCCAAAAUCAGUGAAAAAGGGUUUAUAAUCCCGGGGCUUGGAGACGCAGGGGACCGUAGUUUUGGCACAUAAAUGAAACAGUAGGUCCAACAAUGUUGGAGCAUGGAAGAGAAUCUAGUGGAGUCUAUUCGAGGGGACCAAAGUUUUACAAGCUUUGGUUCGACCAUAUUUAUAACCAUUUUUGUUUGGUGACUCA